GCCUGAAGCGUGAAGCUGGUGGGAGGAGCGGGGUCAGCGGGAGCGCGGGGCGUGUCGCACGCGCCGCCCAUCGGCGUUAUUUAAGCGGCGCGCGCGCACGCGGGCCGGGCAGCCGAAGCCCGCGCACAGUCCCGCCGCGACGCUGAUAGCCGCGAUCUCGGAGUUCGCGUUUCGCCCGGCAUCUUGUACGGCCUUGGCAUCGCUUCCAAACCAGCUUACAUUCGUUUCUGCAUAUAAGCAAUAGCAGCAUGCUUAUCAACUGUGCGGUGGUUUUGCUGACGGCGUGGACGCUGCAGCCCGCUGAGGCCGCCACGGCCGCCAGCGUCAAACUGUGCGGACGCAAGCUCAGUGACAUCAUGAGCAGGGUCUGCUACGUCUACAAUAGCCCCUCCUGGGGUGACCCCACAGUAGUAGAGCAGCCAGGCAUGCGUCGGAAGAGACAGGCUGGCAUCGCGGACCAGUGCUGCACCUUUGGGUGCACAUGGGAACAGCUCAACGAAUACUGCGCUAUCAGUUCUAAUUCGGAGUCGGCGUUGAGCGAGCUGGAGGCCCACAUGCUGGAGACGCGAGGCACGGAGCACAAGCGCGAGGCGGAGCGGCAGGCCGCGCCGGAGACGCCGCCCGAGGUGGGACGCCGCAGUCGCGGGUACGGGCGCAGGAGGGGCCGUUGUUGGUGCCGGCGCAAGCGGCGCACGGGCCGACGGCGUACUCUCAUGGGUAACAUGAUACGAGACCAAAUCAAUAACAGACCAGAGCCCGUCGUGGGAACCGUGUCCCCAGUGCUGACGUGGGGCCGGACCCUCAACACCGACCUGCCACCCAUGGAGCGCAACCGCUACAACUACAUCGCCGUCUAUUCUUAAAAAAAUAUUUUAGAAACUAGAGUUUUAACUUGUCAGAGCCAAUUGGAAGCUAGCGACGAGACUGAACGCGACAAGAAACAUGCGUUGAGACGCUGAAUUGAGAUUCAGCGCUAGCCACGACACAUUGACGUGUCGUGUCGUGAAGUUUUUUCACCUACAGGGAAACGGUGUAGCGCACUACACGGUAGCGCUACGACCGUAGCUUAGCAGUGAAUGAGUUAAAAUGGGCCGCCUGAAGUGCCUGUUUAAAAAAAAACGUGUUGCCGUCAAGCAAAGUUGUAAAUAUGCCGGCGGUGUCAUACAAAUAUAUAAUUAUGGGAUAAUAAUUUAGAUAUGUAAUAUUUUCCUAACGGAAGUCAACACAUAUUAUAAUGGUAGGGUAUGACGUAUUAUAAUUAGGUAUCAAAGCCUGACAAAUGUCAGUGUUGAUUUGUUCUUGAGUGCCUAUUCGGUUCACUUUAACUGUAUUAUGUUAUGGCACCAACACCGACAUUACGGUGAGCGUGGCCACCGGUCUUUCGGUUAGUGUUCAACUCGAUCAUUUUAGUUGCAUCUUUGCACUUUGACAGUGAACCGAAUAUUCCUAUAUUUAGCUAAUAUUUAAAUAAUUAUUUCAACAGUAAUUACAUUUUUGAAGGGUGCGUGAUAAUACAGUAGGUACCAAUAAAAUUAGCUUGUAAAAUUUUAGAAAAUAAAAUUGUAAUGAAUAAAGAUAGAACAGCCACCUAGAAAUAUAAUUUUGAUGCAAUUGAUUCGCUAGUAGAUAAGUAUAGGUAUCUUAGUUAUUAUUUGUAUAUUAUAUAAAAUCUAUCAUCAAUAUCAGUAAUUUUAAAAUCAAAUGCAAUUUUAUAAUAGGCACUAUAGCCAUCGUAAAUAAAAUAAAUGAUAAUUCAUUCUAAAUGACUACCUACCGCCUGGAGUAUAAAAAUGAGUUGACAGUACAUAUGGCCCUACUUUCCCGCACUAGUGCGUAAAAUAGCAAUUUCCAUGCGUAUGUCUAAAGUUUAAAGUGUUGUGUAUUUUUUAAAGGGUCAUAUGUACCUACUGUAAAACAUUGUACGAUACACGUGCGAUAAAGAAUGUCCUCUUUUCCGCAUUUGUAUCGUAAAUAACUAUUUUAUCCUAUCCAUGAACAGUUUUAAAUAUUUAGAAAAUGCUGAUAUUAUGGAUAAAAUGUAGUGUAGGUGCCUAGAUUGACAUGUGUGAUGUGUUCAAUUGUCAUUAUUAUACAUCUAAGAAUUAAGUUACUUUGAGUUCUCGAAAAAUUCGGAAAAGUAGGAACUUUAUACCUCCUCACAGUUAUAUUAUAAUUCACAUGCAAUAAUUGUAAUUUAUAAUCAUGUAUGAACUAGCAGUAGAAUAAUAAUUAAGAGGGAUGGUACCUGUUGAACUAUCCUUCACUGUGCAUUGUCAUCCUUUAUCAUAAUAGUUCUAAUAUAACAAAUAACUUCUAUAAUAUAAGGUUCAAAGAUCUCUAAAGCAUCUGUGAUAAUUCCAACCGAGAUAAUUUUAAUUUAUAAAUAUUUUGUAGAAUCACCAUAAUUGUGUAGCGUAAAGUAUUUUCCUUGACAUGAUAGCAAAUGCAUUGUAUGUAAUUUUAAGUAAUUAAAUAUAAAAUAGGAACCAAUUUGACUGAAGUGGAUGCUGUAAUAGUAAAAUCAUCCUCACAUACAUUAUCUUAUUUAAUAUUUCACUAAGCAUCUAAUCUAAGCAAUACAAAGGUUUAUUAACAUAAUACAUGGUUUGAACAAU